AUGCUGAAAAGCUUUGCGAGUUGUACCGUGGGUGUGGCUGUCGGUGUUUCCCUACUCGUACUCUUGCUGGUCUGUGGGAUUGGAUGUGCUUGGCACUGGAAUCACAGGGAAACCGCACCACUGCAACUUAACUUACCGAAGUUUAUACAAAGAAGGAGCAGCAGGCAUAAAGACUACACGAAAGCCGUCGGUUUGAGUGCCUAUGUGACUAGCCUAAGCACUAAAACCUCAGUGGAGACCAAAGGCCACAAAUCUACCUCCAAGAGAAAUAGGAUGCAUGCCAACUAUGAAAAUGUGGAAGUGGGCCCUCCCCGCGCUGAAGGGGCAACUGAGAAGGCCCUGUACGAAAACACGGAGCCGUCUCACCUCGAGGAGCAUGUCUACGGGAAUCAAACGGACCCCCUCUAUUAUAACUUCCAGAAACCUAGUCUUCCUCCUCCUCAAGAUGAAGACAUAUACAUCCUUCCAGAUUGCGACUAG